AUGCAAAAUGCAUAUACUGCAACCCUGCAUGAACGAAUUCGAUCUUUUCUAUGCGGGCGCUUGGAUUUUGGCAUGGGUUUAGGUUUAGGUUUGGACCUGGGUAUAGAUCUGGGCAUGGAUAUCGGCAUCGGCAUCGGCAUCGGCAUCGGCAUUGACAUUGACAUUGAUAUUGACAUUGGCAUCAACACGGACACGGACACGGACACGGAUAAAGGCGCAAUAUCAUAUACUUUCCAGUUAUUCGGGUAUGACACUGGCUGCUGA